AUGGCCCCCUCAGUCACACAAACCGCGGAAGCGAGCACCUUGUCAUCGAAAAUCCCCCUUUCCAUCAACAAGACGGAGGGUCGCCCAGAAGCUCAAGAGGUUCAGUCACUCGGCAGGGCAAAAGAUGGCAGGCUGCUGAAGAUCCGCGAGUACCCCAAAUUCGCUAGCCUUGAGGAGGAGCGACUCUAUCGCAAGCAACAUCUUGCUGCUGCCUUCCGCGUCUUUGCUGACCGAGGCUUUGACGAGGGUAUUGCCGGUCACAUCUCGGUCCGGGACCCUAUCCUAACCGACCACUUUUGGCUUAACCCCCUUUCUAUGCAUUUCUCCCUAAUCAAAGUCUCCGACCUGAUUCUGGUCGACGAAGACGGGUUAGUUGUCGAGGGUGAUGAGCCUAUCAAUUCUGCUGCCUUCACGAUCCAUGCCGCUAUCCACAAAAAUCGCCCUGACGUCCAUGCCGCUUGUCACGCACAUAGCAUCCAUGGAAAGGCCUUCGCUUGCUUUGGGCGCCCUUUGGAGAUGCUAACCCAGGACUCCCUGCGAUUUUAUAACGACCAUGCCGUUUACGACAGCUUCAACGGCGUCGUUCUAGACCCACGAGAAGGUAAUCGUAUUGCUGAGGCACUCGGAAGCUGCAAAGCCCUUAUUUUGCAGAAUCAUGGUCUUCUUACCGUUGGUCGAAGUGUUGACGAGGCUGCUUUCUGGUUCAUCAGCCUUGACAAGACCUGUCAGGUUCAGCUUCUUGCCGAUGCUGCGGCGGCGGGCGGAUAUAAGAAGAUUUUAAUCGAUGACGAUGAGGCUCAGUACUCGCGCAAGAAUGUGGGUGGUCCUGAUAAGGGUUGGCUGGCUUUCCAGCCUUACUACGAUGAGAUUCUGGCGAAGACCAACGGUUCCUUCUUGGCUUGA